CGUGUGCCCCCUGAGGGGGGAAUUACAAGGGAACAUGUUUGUGGUUCAAACGAGGGUUUCACUAUGCUGCAUGAUCAUGCCUGUAACUGUGAAAGAGGCACAGUGUCUUGACUGUACUGUGGCGAAGUUAUGUGUGGCUGAAUGUCUGAAUGAUGACACGCACAAAGUAUUCUUUAGAAGAACCCCCCCCCCCCCGUGAAACCAUUACAAAUACUAAAAGCCGCUGUACUAGUUUGCCCACACAUCAGACUUAUCUUUCCGGUUUGGUAUGUCCCAGUAGGAUAAUUGUUGGGCAGCAUAUUUUCUGACAAAAGAACCCGCUCAGUGAUCUAUUUAUAAUCUUCACAGGGGUGGGCACAGUUACUAAAAAGCUUCUUUCUUGCUACAUGUGCUGAAAUCUAUUUCGGUAUGAAUGUGUUAUAAAUGCGAGCAUGUACGUACAACAAAUAAAAAGGUAUAUUAUCACAUUGAUGUGAAGAAAAGAAGAAUCAAACCCGUUGAGGUCCAACGUUGCCCACAAUGGUCUACUACACAAAGGGAUCUCAAAGGGGCACGUGUGUAAAUUGUAUUACAACGUCUCUGACAACAGACACAUUGCAUGGUGGUGCCAUAGUUACAUCACUAUAUUGCCCAACCAUAACCCUUACAGCAAAAUGAGUCUGUGUUAACAAAUCGUGAUGGGCGCUGAAAUCACAGCGUAGCCUAUACAAAGUCUCGAUGAUGAGUUAUUGUUUUGGGAAGAUCAGGCCGGGGGUUGUUUGGAUACAUUUUGUAUGGCUGCAGCGUGUACAGGGCAAAGGACUCGCUGACUGGCUGCUAACACGGUCUCCUGUUGUGGGUCAUCGUGCUCUGAUUAAGGCCUUUGCAGAUUAUCAUGUUUUGGUGGAGCCUAAUGCAUCUUUGAUAAUCAGAGCGUGCCCAUUCCUGUACUGAGGCUCGAUCAGAAUAAGCCAUAUUUAGUUCCGGCAGAUAAGUGAUUAUGGACGAAUACAAAAAUCCGUAAUAUGGGAUUUGUUGCCUUUGUAGGAAUCCACUGUAACGUGCAAUGAAACGGUCUGCCUUUUUAUCUGCCACAGAAACUCACUGCAAACUAGAAUACACAUUACAUAAUGUUAACAAGCAUUUUUUUUUCUGAAAUGUCCCCUAAUAAUAUAAUUUGUUCUUUUUAUCCUGUUAUGCAACUCAGAUGAUACAAAUAGCACUAUUACUUAAGUGAAUUUAGGUGAAUACUAAACUCAAUACUAAACCAAAGACGCUGACAUGCCCCCUCACUUCUGUUGGUCAUAUGUCAGUAUCAUAAGAGCUGUUUGCAGACUUAGUCGCUGAAUUUGAUAGAUCAACUCAAGUUUGUGUCUAAGGGGUGCAGUAAGCGAUUUUGGAGAAAGCUUGUCUUUUUUUACUGCAGUGGCCGCGCUCCGAACCCACAGCCUCGGGUAUGGGAGCCCAAAAGGCCAAAAGCCCUGAGUCAUAGUAAUGUUCUCCAGCCAUCUAUUAAGGUGUCGGAGAAUGAUGUCAACAAACUGCACACACAGUGCUUUACAGAGCCAGGACUGUGCCGAAAAACCCGGCUCUGUAAAACACAGAACAGCCAGCGGUCCGCGAGGAAACAUUCGCCGGGUUUAUGAGGCGCACAUGGCCCCAUCUCCUAUCUGAAGGAGGUGGUAUGAAGGGAAGUCACACAUGGAACAGUAUAGAGUGCACUAGACCCACAGAGUCAGGUGUAGAGAGACUGUCCGGUGGUGCAGAAAUCUGUGACAUAACAGGACCGUGAAUGUAUGUGAAUGUAUGGCUCGGAAGCAUGUCGGUGAAAAAUAGAAAAUGCAGACAUACUGUGAUUUCUGUAGAUGUGAGGAGGCAGUUGGUGACACCGUAGGACCUUGCAAACAAUACAAUGGCCUGCAGGACUGCGUGAAUAGCUCUGGGGUGAUAACGAGGAAACAGUUUGUUCCCAAGCCAGUUUCCCUUUUUUUGUCAUGUUGAAGAAAGUUCCUGCCGUUAGAUGAUACAUUAGGAGGGGAUUUACAAACAGUUUUCAAGAAGAGAAGCUGGUAAUCACAACUUGAAAUGCACACACUGUCUGCUGCGAGCACGCGGACGUCCGUACAGUCGUGUAGAUGGCCUUCUGCUUUAUAUCACAGGGCUGAUCCGACUGUUAGAAGCAGGGCAGCAGAAUCUAAUGUUACGUUCUCAAUCAGCCUACAUGUACUGUUUAUGGAACCCUAACUUUUCGACAUUCCCCUGACAGGUAGGGGGGUUUAAAUCAGAAUGGACACACACCAACAAAGGGUUUGAAACACUCACAGUGAGCGAUCAACAGAUGCAAACAAUAUUGCUCCACCACCACCACCACAGUUUGACAGCUUAUUGCAAAAGAGAACUUGCGUGUAGUAAAUGUAGCAGCACUUCCUGGGCCAAACACGAUUCUGUGAUGAUUACUGCUGGGGAACACGCUCGGGCUGAUAACUCCAUACAUGUUGACAUCCUCAUUAGCCUCAACAAUCAAAGAGCCAGGGCAUCCCUACACAGCCGGCUCAACCGAACAGAGAUGUGGUUAUCUUCUUGUGCACACAGGUGUGGCUUCUUGUUUCGUUUCCCAGAGUGAGAAGUUGCCACGUUUGAUGUCUUGUUUGAAACCACAGGGAUCACUUGUUGAGACAAGGGAUUACAGUCUUCAGAUACAGAUUUGCAAAGACAGUAAUGUUUCAUAGUGUGUAUUGUGGAUCAAUAGGUGUGGCAACAAUCGGAUCACGGUGCCGAAUGUGUGCUCGGGUGAGAGGGCGGACAAGGGAGGGAUGCAGAGUCCAGGUCUAGAGUUUAGAACUGUUUGUCUAGACGCAGUUCAACAUGCCAAAUGCAAAGUUCAUCACAGCUCCUGCUUCUGUGUCUGCUAUGAUUGAAAAAGAUGGGAUUCUGAGAUGACUCACUACCUGUUAUAUGCGAUGAGAUCACAGAUCGCAGGGGUGUGUGUGUGUGUGUGUGUGUGUGUGCGUGUGUGUGUGCGUGUGCAUGCGCCUUUGAUCCUUUCAUCAUUGCAUCAACGUGGAUUGUGUGAUAGUAUUUCAUUAAAUUAAUACGAAUUGUAAUGAGCAUUCAAACUGUGCGACAUAUUACAGUUACUCACUCAUCAACAAGCAUUUGAUACACAAGAAGUGCAUAGACAACACAUAUCUAGCAAGUAAAAUGCACACAACUGUAACACAAGUCAGAAAUACUAUGACAGGCCAGCAGUCAGCUUUGAUUCACAUCAUCUAAAUAGACAGAAGACAACACUCCAAAUACACUUACUGCUACAUGGAAUCACUAACAGAGAGGUGACAAAUGGAAACAUUCAAUCAUAAACUGAACACUUACAUAGACUCAUGGAUGGGUCCCAGAGAUCAGCGGGUGAGGGGAUGGCUGCUGUUGGACAACUACCCACCAACCUUUGCACUCACAGUCAUGUACCUUCUGAUUGUGUGGAUGGGACCCAAGUACAUGAAAAACCGACAGCCGUACUCCUGCAGAGGCCUCCUGGUGGUCUACAAUCUGGGCCUCACGCUCCUGUCUUUCUACAUGUUCUAUGAGCUUCUUACUGCUGUGUGGCAUGGCGACUACAACUUCUACUGCCAGGACACUCACAGUGUACCGGAAGUCGACAAUAAGAUCAUAAACGCCCUAUGGUGGUACUACUUCUCCAAGCUCAUCGAGUUCAUGGACACGUUUUUCUUCAUCCUACGGAAGAACUUUCAUCAGAUCACGUUCCUCCACAUUUACCACCACGCUAGCAUGCUGAAUAUCUGGUGGUUCGUUAUGAACUCGAUACCAUGCGGCCACUCGUACUUCGGCGCAUCCCUCAACAGCUUCGUCCACGUCGCGAUGUAUUCCUACUAUGGCCUGUCAGCCAUCCCAGCCAUCCGGCCGUACCUCUGGUGGAAGAGAUACAUCACACAGUUACAGCUGAUCCAAUUCUUUUUAACCAUGUCCCAGACAAUGUGUGCGGUCAUAUGGCCAUGUGAUUUCCCCAGGGGAUGGCUGUACUUCCAAAUAAGUUACGUGGUCACGCUGAUUAUCCUUUUCUCAAACUUCUACAUUCAGACGUACAAGAAGCACAAUGCCACUCUGCAGAAGCAGCACCCGAAUGGCUCUGCUGUGUCAAGAAAUGGACAUUCGAAUGGAACACCGUCCGCGGAGCACAUGGCGCACAAGAAGCUGAGGGUGGAUUGACAUUUGAGAAGCCGUCACCCAAUGCUCACUGUAGUGUGUUAGCUAAUGCUGCUAGAAGGGACACGUAUCUUCUUAUUUAGAAUAGUCUAGCAUUCAAUUGAAAUGAAAUAAGCCAUGCCAACAUAUAUCCAGAGACUUUCCAUGGCCCUGCACUCACUGCUACACGGUAUUGAAUCAUAAAAUUGUUAUAGCCACAGGAGAUGAGAAUAAUAGUAGGGUCUGGUUUUAAUUCUUUUUUUUUCUUUUUUUUCUUAAUUGAAAACGAUCUUCUUUGAAUCAUCUGAUUUUGAAACAAUUGUAAAGAAAGCGAAUACCUGGACAAAAACAAAGCCAUUUGUCAGUUAUGCAUAAUGGAGGUUAAAUACUGUGGAAAUACCACUAAUCUCUGAAACCAUUGAGCGAGGCGUCACCUGAACACGUGGGGUUAAACCCACUGGAGAAGGCAUUUGCAAUAAAUUUACCACCCAAUUCUCAGUGUGCCCAAUUGGGUAUGUCUUAUUUACACUGGCUACCCAGCGAUUCGAUUUGAAUGUUAUUUAAAGUACACUGAAGAUAUGUAUACAUGGUUAAUAUAAUAGAUUUGUUUAUCUACUCAGGGUUGUUCAUUUGACACAGAGCGUACCGUCCCGGCACUACAUCCUCUGCAGAGAGACAGCACAUAUUGGCACUUGUUGGUCAUGUAAACGUGAAUAUUUUUUUAAUUAUGCACCAGGUUAUAAGGGUUCCUACAAUUACAUACAUUCAAUUUUUUAGCGUGAGUUCCUUUUCAUACCCAAGCAACAUAUUGUUAUUGCAUUGCAACUGAAAUAUCCCUAACAUUUUGAAUGAGAAAUUAAUGAAUUCAGGGAAUCAGUGGUGAUACACAGUCCUAUUUUUUUUGGUAUGGUGGACUCCUCCACCUUUUAGAGGAAAUUCAUUCAUGGCGGAAAUCUCUUUUUUGCUUCCAGCAAAACACACGUAUGUUGUCUCAUACACACAGAACGUCCAAAGAUGAAAGCUCCAGUCAGUGUGUUGGUCAGCUGAAGGUUUCAUUACACACACAUUACACUCGGUGACAUCAACCCACGGGAAAAUUUAGAACAACGCAGUACUCUGGUCUUUAAUUUGUAACUAGAGCAUGCAUCUUGUGUCUUGCCUUAUCUAACUCCCGCCUGUGCCGUUGCACAAUCCUGACUUUUGCCCUGUGUAAAACUGUAAUGCUUUUUUAUUGCAGGUAAUAACAGCAGAAGUUGCAUUUAGCUGUAUGUUUGCAGCGCUCCAAUUUGGAAUAUAAAGCCAAAGCAUAGUGUCUGAAGGAUUUAUAUUUAAGACACAAUGUCAGAGUUGUUGGGUUUUAUGAGCCCAAGUUAAACUCAGUCCCCCUUAACAUCCCCUAUGUUACAGUAAUCUGUUAGUUCUCUUUCCUCUGCUUUGGCUUUAUCCGGUAAAUUUGUUUGCAACUUGAAUUAGCUGAUGUGAAUUAAAUGAAGAAAUUCCCAUUAGAUCUGCAAUUUAUUGGUAAUGACUAUGGGUAUUAAAUGUCUCAAGCCAGUAUAAUCAUACUGAAUAAUUCAGCACUAAAUAUUCAAAUAGGUUACAUUAUAUGCACACAUUAUAGUUAAGAAUAAAGCUCACUAUGGACCAUAGAAACAGCAGAUGAAGAAAAAUCACAAUCUCAUCAUAAGGUCAAUUUAGUAGAUGCUCUGGAACCUUUGCUUGUUUCGAAAAAUCAUAAACAUGGUGCCUUCUGGACCAGUUGAUUUGGUUUAUAAUGUAGCAUUUUCCCUCUGCUUUACCUCUGCCAAGGAGAAUGUGCCCCCCCAGGUCGGUCAGUUGAUCGUUGGGACUUGGCGGUGGUAUGGGCUCUACUGCGUGUGCCAUUCUAUUUUCAAUAUGUAAUAACCAUGUUGGUCCAGUUCAGACUAAUAAGCUAUGCGUCAAUUGCAAAUCCUGUGUUUGUGUCUUUAUUUUUAUUUUUUUUACAUUUUCAAAUGUCUGAACGGAACAGUUAAUCUGAGGUUAAAGGAAUAGUUAAGAAAAUGAUUGUUCCUGAGAAUUACACAAGGAGAACGAUACCACUCUCGUGUCUGUACGACAUCGAUCUACGGCCAACAGCCGGUGAGCUCAGCUUAGCAUGAUGACUGGGAACUGGGGGAUCCAGACGAAAACCAAACUAUUUAAUUCUCACUUCUGUCACAUUCGGACAGAGGCAGACUACAUGUUUCCAGUCUCAAUGCUCUGCUAGAAAGCGAACAAUCAAAAUGUCAAACAAUUCCUCAAACAUCCCUUCUUUAAAAAAAAAAAAGAUUAGUUAGGUUCUCAUUUUAACAUUUCCUUUUCCUUUUUUUUAUUUUCCUUUCCCCAAUGUCAAGGGGCUGUUGUACACAGUGGAUGGUGGUGUAGCAAAAAAACAUGUUUGAAUAAUGAACUGUAAAUCCGACACCGCGUCGCUCUACCGUGAUGAUUGGAUUUAAUGAGAUUCAGUGUGGCCACUGCAUGAGCAUGACAUGUUUCUCAAAUGUAAAAGGUGACCUACUUUCAUGUUCACUGCAUUUGAAAUAAUUGUUCAAAUCUGAAUAAUGCAUACAACAGCCACAUUUUCUCUGCAUGACAAAUCUGGUCCACAGAUCUGCAUUCCAAACCUUUUUUUUAUUAUUACAAAACACGUGCUCUUUACAUUUAGGUAUUCUUUUUCUUCUACAUGCCAUCCGGUACAGUUCCUCUGUUGUACGAGGUGUCUCGAAGAAGGGACAAAAUGUGGCGACUACACAUGACUUAUUAAAGUAAGAUUAAUGUAUUCAAGACAACAACUCGACCAAAGUCCAACCGAAACCAAAAGACCCAGAGAAAAGAGGAAGAGUGACUGCUCAGGGACCUACAAGUAGGUUUGGUCAGUCAAAUCAACUCAGGUUUCCAGGAUUAGCAUUACAUGACUCCCUAAAUGAUUAAGGGCAGUGAAGCGUGUUGGAUAUAUUUUAUAAAUUGUUAUAAAUAGAUAUAUUUUCCAAAAUCUGGGCUAAAUCUAGUUUAAAAUGUUGUGAUUCAAGAUUUACUCCGUUGUAACACAUUAAAAACAAAGUGAUUGUAAA